AUGCCUCCAAAUACAGGGCAGAUGCAGACGAUACCGACCCCUGGGUUGGACCGGGACGGGACCCAACCCCGCAAGCGACCCCGACCCGUCAUCUCAUGCAUCCGCUGUCGCCAGAAGAAACUCAAAUGUGAUCGUGUCAUUCCGUGCGAAAACUGCUCCAAGGCGCGAUGUUCUUCCAGCUGUGCUUUUUACCAGAGACCAGGCAGCAGUUCGAAUGCCAAUAGCAUGCCCGCGCCCAAGCGAAUCCAUCUGGGCGUGGGUAUCAUCGAGGACCUGCAGCAACGGCUGGCCAGAGUGGAAGAGUUGAUCUCUAUCAGGCCUGAUUCCCGGCCCAGUUGGAGUGCAGUUAAAGAUGGAUUGAUACCAGAAGACAGCGCAACCGGUGUAGCUCGCAUCGCACCAUCAGCAAGUACACCGUCGUACCUUGGUACUCUGGUCGUAAAGGGAACGCGAACCCGAUACCAUGGCCAGAGCAAUCGCACUUCUUUUUUGAAUCAGUUCCCCGAAGCGAAAGACUUUCUCAGACAGUGCGCCAAUGAUCCACACAUUUGCAGACUGGCAAAGGAGGUCCAGCUUCUGCAGAGUCAGUUGAAGCUGUCAGUAAACUCACCAGGAUCCGGAAUGGAAGAUGGUGUCCCAGAAAUGCAGCAGUUGUGGGCUAGUCUCCCACCUAGAGGCGUGCGUGACCGGUUAGUUGAGCUGUACACUACCAACUUUGAGAAGACACUACGCAUCCUCCAUGUGCCGACGUUUCUUCAUCAACAUACGGAGUUCUGGGAGGACCCAGACCGAAAUGGCGAUCGGUUCUCAGCGUUUAUGGCACAGCUCACUGCCGUCCUGAGCAUCGCACACCCGUUGGAAGAUCGACAGUUUAGACAGAAUCAUGAAUCAACGUGGGAUUACCUGCAGAUGUCUGCUGUCGAUAUUGUUCGCACCUGGCUGCAGAAGCUCAGUCGCAAACAGCGGACGGACUUUGCCACGCUUCAAACGGAAACCCUUGUUCUCCUGGCUCGGAGACUACGGCACGAAUCCUCAGAAGAGCUCUGGCGAGCUACGGGAACGCUUGUGCGGUCUGCCAUGGCGAUGGGACUGCAUCUAAAUCUAUCAGGAAAAGAGGGCCUUUCAGCAUUUCAGGUGGAAAACCGGCGUCGACUGUGGAUCACUAUCGUGGAGAUGGACGUCCAGGCUUCAAUCGAGUCCGGGAUGCCUGUCGCCAUUCCUGAUUUUGAUUUCGGUCCGCUCAUGCCGACCAAUGUGAACGAUGCUGAUUAUGAUGAAUUCACAGCGGACUUUCCUCCAGCAAAGCCCUUACAUGAAUGGACUGAUACCCUGAUGCAGGUCACGUUAGCCAGCUCAUUGCGCCAACGCAUCCAGAUGAUGUCGCUCGUGCCGAAGGCCAGUAUCGAUUUGGAUCCAUGUCAGGUAUUCGUCAACCUUCAUCGGGACAUAGAGAGGUCUUUGCAACAAAUCCCACCAUGCCUGAAGCUGGAGUCCGGGCCGACCAGUAAUGACAAACCGGGCUUGUUACUAAAUUGCAUCCUUUUAGACCUAUAUAUACGUCGAGCCCUUCACUGCCUGUGUCGACCGAUCCACAAGGCUAAGAAAUAUUGCGACGGAGAGCCCUUUCUUGACAUCCAAACCGCCUGUCUGGAGUCGUCACUGGCUGUCCUGGCAUACCAACACUAUUUUGACCCCACGGUCGCCGGCCAGGACGAUUUCAAUCCCACGGCGUACUGGGAUGUUUUCCAACUCUUCUGUAAGAACGAUAUCCUAUGGGCAGCACUCAGCGUGUGUCAUUACAUAAAGUUGCCCACCACGACAGCAUCUCACACCAAAGCGAGCCUGACUCGAGUUGUGGAAAACGCUCUCAACGGUUUGACCCGCGUCAUUGGUCAACCUGGCAGCAACAUGAAAGACGUGUUACUGCUCGCAGUCGUGCUACAGUCGGUACGCGCGCGGGGCUCCAUGGAGUCUAAGAAACAGUUGAUUGAGCAGGGAAUGCUGAAGGCUCUGUCGGCAUGCCAGGAGCAUCUCCUCGCAGCGCAUGCACAGCACUCUCUUGCACCUGAUCUUGCCGAAUAUGCGCAGAUACUCCAAACAUCGCAACCUAUUUUCCCGUCCUCGUCCACUCAGCCGCUAUUGCCGGAUUUUCUCACGGAUACAGCCGCACUGGCUGCGGAGUUUGGCAAUUUGCCUGCUGAUCUGUUUGACGACGGCCCUUUGGGGUUGAUCUCAUCACGCGAUCAGAAUAACCUUGCAGCCUACAUAUGCCAGUCGAUGUUCAUCAUUCUGCCGCCAUCCCUUUAUGCUGCUACAAUUUACAUGAUUUACAGCCGGAUCGUCAUGUUCGUCGGAAAACCACAAUUCUCCAUCGUCGCGCCGCGCAAGAUAACGAAAAUCUUUGUGAUGGGCGACACAACGGCCUUCCUGCUGCAACUGAGCGGUGGCGGCAUGCAGACCAUCGACAGCAUGCGCACUCUCGGUCAGAAGAUCCUGCUUGUCGGCCUAUUCGUUCAACUCGUCUUCUUCGGAUUUUUCUUAUGUGUGAACAUCGAAAAAUUGGCCGAUGGGAUGCACAGUAAAGCUGUACGCUUUACAAUGGAUGAUGGCUUCCAGGCAGUGGGUAAAGUCCCUAAUCCGAAUGCCGGUUUGCCGCAUUUCACAACUGCCUCCGAGGUCGCUACGAUGGAUUUUAUGAGAAACGUACUUGGGACACCUGCGCCAAAGGUCUUCUCCUGGAGUUCUACGACCGAUAAUGCUGUCGGGGCGGAGUAUAUCCUGAUGGAGAAUGUGCGCGGCGUGCAACUGAGUCAGAUAUGGGAUCGGCUCAAUGUGGAAGUGAAGUUAGAGGUACUGAAGAAAGUUGCCCUAUACCAAGACAGCUGGGCGCAGACUCGUUUUUCUCAAUAUGGGAGCCUAUACUACAAACAAGAUCUUGCGCAUUCCGCCCCGAGUGUUCAAUAUACCGACACAAACGGCCAGGAUGUUGUGGAUGACCGGUUUGCAGUCGGUCCGUCAAUGAGUAGACAAAACACCGAUGACGGAAGGGCCGAGUUGCAUUUUGAUCGAGGUCCAUGGCAUACCGCGGAAGACUAUGAACGGGCUACCGGUCUCCGAGAAUCAUAUUGCAUCAGAAACAUACCACAACUUCCAAGAUCUCCCAUUGCAAUCUAUUAUUCUGGGACGUACCAACCGUCAAGGGAAAAGAAACUCCUCGCGGCCGAGAGCUACCUGAAACUGGUGAAGUUCUUAAUGCCGGACGAUGAAUCCAUCCGAAUGUCCCACAUCUGGCACAACGAUUUACAUACAGAAAAUAUAUUCGUCAAUCCAGAUAAUCCCUCGGAGAUCUACGGUUUUAUUGACUGGCAAUCGACUGAGUUGGCGCCUUUGUAUGACCAUACGCUCGAACCCUAUUUUCUUGAUUACGAUGGUCCAUCCUUGGGUGGAUUAUUGGAACGGCCGAGACUUGAGGACAUUCGCCCACUUUUCCAGGAUGAACCUGAGCCAGUGGCAAGCCGCAAGGCUAACUCUCUGUUCACCAAGAUGUCGCUAGUCGCUCUGUACAGGUACUUUGUGCGCAAGAAAAGCAUGCGUCUGUUCAAGGCUCUGGAAUAUCGCCAGACGCUGUGCUUUCAUUUACUUCUAUUUGCUCGGAACCUUCUUGUUGAUGGGGAAGCAACAUAUUUAGAGCUAUUGGCGAAUCAACAGCAGGAAAACUGGGUUGGCAUUCCGAAAAUCUCCCAGUGCAACGAAGGACCUCCAUUGUCCUUCUCGAAGGACAUGCUUGAAGAAAUUGAAAAGGACAGUACAGGUGCAACAACCUCCAUCAUGCUGAUGCAAGAGGCGCAGCAAAUGAUCGGCGAGCAAUAUUUUCGGGCACAGGGAGUGCCCGUUGCAACAUUCAACAUGCACUCCUGGAUCGAUCGCCCCCGUCGCGAUGGAAAAGACGCCGACGAGUGGAAACCCACUUCUGAAUCCGAAGCCGCAGCCAACAUCGACGAGUGGUAUCAAGCCGGACAACUGCUCUUUCCCCGCGAUACCCUCCAGGACGUGUACGACCAGCUGCAGAAGCCCCUCACCAAGGGCGACUCCAUUUACGUGAAAGCGUUCGAUGGGUCGGUCUACGAAUACCCAGUCAGGACCGGCGACACCAAGACGAUGCACGAGCGCAACGGUGACAAUGGAGAGGAUAAGUCUGUGGAAUGGGUGCUGACCACCCCGCACAUUUAUUAUCGCUCGUUUGAAGGGCUCAAACAGAUGCUGGAAUACAGUCUGUCACGGGCGUAUUGCAGCGUCGGAAUCAGACACUGGAUGACCCGCGUCGACCAAGAGCCUGAGCCCCUGGGAAAGCUUGAUUCAGGACUGGAAUUCCUGCACACUACCCUGCGAGACUGGGAAGGGAGCGAAGCAUGGAGGGAGAUCAAGUCCACACUCUCGUCGUUGAACCUCAAUUCCAAGAUCGCCAAGGUGAUAGGUAUGGCAUGCGGGACUUUCACCACGGCAUUAGAUUCCCGAGGAUCCAGAAGAUCGGCAGUUCAACAUGCAUUCCUCUUGACGUUGAAGAGAUUUCUGCAGGAAAGCAACUUGGGCAACGGGGAGGUCACCUGCUACGUUCAGGACCCGGGAUAUUCUAAGACGGAUAGGCUGCUCCUUGAGAAAUCGGAUAUGAAGGUCCUGGAGGAUCCGGAAGGCUUCCUAGAGAUGGACGAUGCCUCUCUCGUGUUCUCCUGCGCCCCCAACAUUUGUGUCAAGCAGAUUGUUGCGGACAUUGUCCGACCACUCGUUCUCAUCUGGUGUACUGUCCAAAGCGAAGAUCCAAAAUGCCCCUGGUACGUGUUCUUCGCGUCUGUGGUGACCUUGGUUAGUUAA